GUGUCAUUCUACUCAGUGAAAACCAAUCAUCCUGUCAAAGGAACAAAAAAUAUCCUGUAAAAGUGUAAAGAAUAAUCAUAUAUAUGAUAAACUCAGAAACCAACGUAAUUUAUUUGAUAAAAACGGACACAUGGACUACACUUUGAUAUGGUGUCCAGUCUCGCUCUCACCGGAACCAAACGAAAUCGCUUCCGGGUCGGAAAAAUCUCCUGUCAACACGUGAUGAAUAAAGUGUGUCAAACAGAUUCGGAUGACGUGAUCUUUAUUUCUGAAACGAUUGCACCAAAAACCAACAAGGUUGUUGUCAUUGAUCAGGUGAAGCGACUUGCUCUGCAAAGAGACAUUGAUCAGGAAUCUCUCCCUCAGCAGCCUUCAAAGUCAAACCACAGGUGUGCUCCUUUGCAAAGGCCUGAGGAGAAGAUGGAAAUUAACUUUGGGGAUGUGAUAGAAGAGAAUGUUGAAAAGAAAAACAAAAAACGCAAGAAAGAACAAACCUUGCCUCCAAAAAUGGACGACCCCACAAUUGCUGACGGCAACCCACACAGUGUGGAAAAGAAAAAGAAGAAAGUAAAAAAAGAGGGCUCGGGAGUGCAAAUAUUGGAGUUUUUAGAAAUAGGUGGUGAACUGAAAGAGAAGAGGAAAAUGAAGACAAAGGUGGUGAAUGUUUCGAAUAGUAUAGACGGAAAUGGCAAAGAAGCAAAAAUCAAGAAAAAGCUGACUGAUAGACAAGAGGGAACCGAAAAAACAGGGAAUAAGAAAAAGUCAAAGAAUAAAACUCAGAUUGAACAUGAAAAUAUUUGUCUUGAUGAGAAAGUGGCAAAGAAAGCCAAGAAAGAAAAAACUGAGUUUCAAUAUAUUAAUGGUUCUCAUGUUACAGAUGACAAUGUAGUCAGCAAAAAGAAACGAGAAGAGAAAAAAAGUGAGCGUAAGAAGAAAAAGAUGACAGAUAAAGUGACACAAAUUGAACAUGAAAAUGUUGGGGUUGCGGUAGAAGCAGAGAAGGUGCCAAAGAAAGCCAAGAAAGAACACAAUAAGAUGCCAAUUGUGAGAGACGAGGAGAAAAUUAAACACAAGGCAAAGAAGAAAAAGGACAAAGUGGAACAGGAUGAAAUAACUGUAACAAAAAAGAAGAAACUCGCUAAACUAAAAUUAGCUGAGCGUGUGGAGGCCGCAGAAACACCAGAUGGACAGGAGGUUGAUGGGGUGAAGCUGAAGAAGAAAAAAAAGAAGAAUGCCUCACCAGACAAUGGAAAACCUGAGGAUACCAUAGAGGAAGCACAGAAGGAAGAAAAAGUCACAAAGAGCAAGGUUGGCAUUGGGGAAGGUGGGAGAAAACGGGGGAAAAAAGGAGAAAAGGCCACGAAGAAAAAGUCUUAUGGGCUCGGCACAGAAGAAGAGACUCAAUCUACAAAGAAGAAAAAACUAAAAGUAGAAGAAAACCAGGAACAGAGCAAGGAAAGCAAAAAGAAGAUUUCUUUUAGGGAAUUGAAACCGGUUGAGGAAGUGUAUUCUUACACAAAUGUAAUGAAGAUGAUUAAGAAGGAGAAGGGAAUUAAUAAAGACUUGUACAACCAGGUGGACGCUCGCCAAGCAGACGUAGUCUUCUUGUCAGAGAAGACUGGAAACACUGAUGAGGUGACCAUCAACCAGGAAAGACGACAGGCUUUACAGAUGGAGAUUGACAAAGCCUCUCGGCCUCAACAAGUGCGCCAACCUUCAGGCUUUGGUCAGUGGGGCACUGCCCAGUUUGAAAGCUCCCAACAGAAGCACAAGUUCCUCAGGUUGAUGGGCGGCUUCAAGAAGGGCUUCCAGCCAGCUGCCGCUGCAAGCAUUGCAAAGCCAAAUAUGGCACUCUGCAAGGAUGCACAGGAACAUUUGCAGCAAGGACUCAUGGGAGAGUUUGAUCGUGCCCACUCACGCCGAAUAGACUUAAAUAGUAGAGGCGCCGGACUUGGGUUUAGUGAACUGUCCAAAAAGUUCACCAUCGAUGUCAAUACAUGUCGAUCUGUCCGCUUUGAUGAUUGACCGGCGCUCUGUAGGUCUGUUUUAAUAUUGUAUUAACUUUAGUCCUUUCAGUUACAUCAAGAUCUUUACUUUAUGAAUCCCUGUAAAUAAACAAAUACUACACAAAUGUUAUUUGUAUGACAGACACUUGCUUGAAACACCCUCCCCCCAGCCCAAAUUGUGAAAGUACAAUUACAAGAAUAAAAAAGGCAAAGCUGGAGGAUAACAUUUUUAUUUUAUUUUAUUCUUACAAACAUCUGCAAUUGGACAGAAAAGUGUUCUUCAUUUCAUUAAAAAAAAAAAAAAAAGAAAAAUGUUUCUGCUUGUUUGUUGUAGGCUCAUAAUGUGCUGGAAAACAAGGAAUUUAACUUGAUACAAAUGGACUUGAUGUGUGGUGGGGAAAGAGAGCACCAGAAAAUUUAAACUGAAUAAUGCAAUGGGCCAUUUUUAAAGAGCAGCCUCAUUAAGCUGCAUCUGAAUUGCUCCUUAAUGGAGUCCAAACUGCAAGAUUAGCCUUAAGGUCUGAUGUUUAUGCAAUGGGCAACAUGAUUUCAUUAGCACAACUUAACUGCUGGACAGAGAGCAGUGUGUCCAUUCGAUGUUGCAGUCGUGUUUCCAAGCUAAUACUCAGACAAAAUGUGCAGACAUAAC